AUGUCAUCCAAACUUGAAGAUAAUAGCGACAUCUCCUUGGAUCCCAAGGCAGUUGAAAAUCGACUACAUAUGUUCAUGAAAGAAGGCGGUUGUGAAGAACCAUAUAAAGCUUGGAUAGGUAGUGACGGGGUAGAUGGGCGUAGGGAGACCUAUCCUAUGCUGAAAAAAUGUAUGAAGGCUCGCUCUGAUUACUUUCAGCCGUUUUUCGCGCUGAGGAGAAAUAGGGAAGCACUGAUAGUGAGGGAGAUGAAAGUCUUCCUCGAGGCGAAAGCAGAAGACGGUGAAGAGCUGUUUUACAAGUACAUGACAGAAGGUAGUUGCAAAGAAGCCUUUAUGGCUUGGAUUUUUUCCAAAGAAUCUGAGACGAAGAUCAAGAGGAAUCGUAUGCCUACAUCGGCCAUGGAAACCAUGCUCAAUUGUAUGCAGGCUGAUCGCUCUGAUUACUAUCACCCGUUCCUCAAUGUACUCAAAACUGCUAAAGAAAAGAUGAUAGAGGAGAUGAUGGCCUUGGGUACAGGGGAGCAAGCUGAUGCGAACAAGGAGGGUUGAUUAAAAAACAAUGAUGAGUUUGUUCUGCUUUUCUUUUUUUUUGUUUUACAUUUUCUUUAUGCAUGAAUACUCUUU